GUACGGCACAGGAAGAGAGCUAGAGCUAGUGAGAGAGAGAGAGAGAGAUGGGGAAGGUGUCGAAGGGGUCGAGGAAGGGGAAGAAGGCGUGGAGGGCGAACAUCAGCACGGAGGACAUCCACGACUUCUUCGAGAAGUCCACCAAGGACGCCCUCUCCGGCGGUUCCCUCGCCGCCGUCCCCAGCGAGUCCCUCUUCUUCGUCGACACGUCCACAGAUCUUUCGGUAAAGCGGAAAAUUGAGAAGCAAAGGGAAAAAGUACUUCGGACUGACAGUGUGCUGCAAAAGAACCCGUUUGUCCAAGCAGUCCCCUCUUCUGUCAGUAAGAAAUCCAGAAAGAAAAGAAAAGAAGUUGUGAACAAUGCUGGUCAAGGUGAUAACGAGGAUGCUUCUGUCUCAGCUUCUGGUAUGGUUGACUUAUGGGCAGGCAAGUUUGAUGGCAAGCUCAAGAAGAAAACCAAGCCUUCAGUUAUUCCAGCGGUAGAAGUUGAGCCUCCUGGCUGUUCAUUCAAUCCAUCCUUUGAGAGCCACCAGGAUUCUCUGGCCUGUGCUGUUGCAGACGAGAUGCAGAAAGUCUACAAAAAUGAGUUGGGUCCUGAACUGGUUCCAUUAACCGUGCAAGGUGAAGUUAUUGCUGAGGAAGAUAUGUAUUUCCUGGAAGCCGAUGAUGGGGGUGAUGAUGAUUCGUGCUUGGAAAAUCUGGAUGGCGAUGAGAAUGAAGCAACCGAGAAUAGGUCAUCCAAAACAAAGCCCGUGACUCGCGUUGAACUGAAUCGGAGAGCAAGACGUAAGGGCUUGCUGAAGAAGGAAGCAGAAACCAAGAAGAUUGAGCAACUGUCCAAGGAAAUUGACAGCUUACCAGAUAUUAUUCAAGAAAUUGCAAAAGAGGAUGAGGAGAAGCAAAGACGGCAUCUCCGACGAGUUGUUGCUCAACAAGAAAGACUAAAGUUGCGUCCACCACGCCUGGGAAAGCACAAAUUUCAACCAGCACCUAUGCAAGUACUGUUAUCUGAAGAAAUCACCGGUUCCCUCCGCCAGCUGAAAGGUUGUAGCACUCUAGCAAAGGAUCGAUUUAAAAGCCUCGAGAAAAGGGGACUGGUCGUUCCAACAUCCAGAAAGAGGAGGUUACGAGCUGUGAGCUGAUCUCCAGCAAGCAGGAGAAAGCUUUAGCUUCUGUCUUGGGACUUCAAUUUUCGUGGUCUACGAAGUUGACGGUGGACCAAACCUGAGGACAAAGCAUGCGUCUCGCUUUGAGCUUUUGUGUACAAAGCCAUCACCGAUGUUAAC